AUGGAUGUUCCAAUUGCUGCUGCAACGCUGGGAAUAGCGGGCGCUGUAUGCUGGUCGGUGCAGCUGAUUCCCCAAAUCAUCAUCAAUUACCGCAAACAUGACACGACGGGGCUUCAACCCGUCAUGAUGCUACUAUGGGCGACCGCCGGCAUCCCUCUCGGCGCUUAUAACAUUGUGCAGGACUUUCAUAUCGCGCUGAAGAUCCAACCUCAGAUCCUCACGGCGCUCAGCUUGACCACCUGGCUCCAGUGCCAGUACUACGGGAGCCGAUGGUCUUGGUUCAAGUGCUUGGUCCUCGUCACGCCACUGGCUCUCGUGUUGGCCGGCGUCGAGUUGGGUUUUGUAUUCGCCUUGUACGCCGCCAAGGGUCGCCACCUGCAGUGGCCCAUGACGCUGAUGGCCGUCUUGUCUGCCUCCCUCCUCAGCGCGGGCGUGCUGCGCCAUUAUUGGGAUAUUUACAAGGAACGGACCGUCAGGGGCAUCUCCUUUAUCUUCGUUGCCAUUGAUGCGCUCGGGGAUCUCACCUCUCUGGUGUCCAUCUUCUUCCAGCCGGACCUGGACGUACUCGGCAUGGUGAUCUACGGAUCCGAGCUUGUGCUCUGGCUCGGCAUCCUUGGUUGCGGUGGCUACUUCAACUUGAGGCCCUGGCUCGGUCAGAAAAUCGCGGCUGUACGCGUCCGCCAUGGCCCAGAAGUACACAGUACUAGGGUCAUCGACGAAGACAACGACGACUCGCCCGAAAGCACUCGGCAGAGUCUGUCAUCAAGGUCGAGUAGCACGGUCUUCCAGACUGCCUCCUCGGCACGAGCCGACCACGCAGGAGGGUCGACUCCCAGCCUUAGACUGCGAACAGUGCCUUCCUUGCAAGAUACAUAA